AUGACAGACGAGAUUAUCUUGUUGGAUUUUUGGCCUAGCAUGUUUGGUAUUAGGGUCAGACUUGCCCUGGCAGAGAAGGGCCUCAAGUAUGAAUAUAAAGAGGAGGACCUUAGGAAUAAGAGCCCUCUGCUUCUUGAGAUGAAUCCAGUUCAUAAGAAAAUCCCGGUUCUGAUCCACAAUGGAAAGCCCAUUUGUGAGUCUCUGAUAAUAGUUCAGUAUAUUGAUGAGGUUUGGCACGAUAAAUCUCCGCUUUUGCCUAGUGACCCAUACCAGAGAGCUCAGGCCAGGUUCUGGGCGGACUACGUAGACAAGAAGGUAUGUCUUUGCUGUUGAUUUAAAGCAUUUUUUUUCCAUUGAUUCAUGGCGAUUGGCUCAGAUUUUGAUAAUGAU